CUCACAUGACAGUUUACAUCGUGACGUAGUGAGGCUGGUCACUAGUCCCACAAAACUGUGCCGCAAAGAGCUUUUAGGGUUAUACGUGGGACAAGGUUUUACAAGUUCACAUAAGAUUUUCGGAGUCAUGUUAUAAGUGGUAAUUGUUGAUCUUAUAUAAAUAGUAUAUAAUAUAUAUGUAUGUACAUGUAUCAUAUGCUUAUAUACUGAUGCAGAUUUGUUUGUAAUUAUAGUGUCAGAAAGUGACUUUGUUAAAACUAGUUAAUAUACAAAAUGGCAGCAAGUUCUCAGUCUUCAGUUGAUCAGGGUUCUAAUGAAGUGAAGGACUAUAUUUGUAAUGCCUGUGAAGACCAGAAUACUGUUGGGACCACUGCUGACUUCUAUUGUAAACAGUGUGAACGAUUUUAUUGUGGAAACUGUAUUCAUCUGCAUGGUAAAUUGUUUGCAAAACAUAAUUCUAUUGGAAGAGUUGAUAUAGAUAAAUGGCCGGUUUCAAAAAAGGUGGUGGAUUUUCUACAAACUUGUGAUGUUCAUAAGGAACAUAAAAUUGACCAAUUCUGCAACCUGCACAAACAGCUGUGCUGCCCUCAGUGUGUAUCUGAUCAACACAGCCAGUGCAGUAAAGUGACUCCAAUUAAUGAGCUGACCAACACGCAGCCCACAGACCUACAGGGACUGUCAGUGGAGCUCAAAACUGUCCUGGGAGAAAUCAAGAGCCUACAGAUCAGUCAGGAGGCCAGCGUUGAGUCAUUGCAGAAAACAUACAAGGAACAUAGGGCAGAUAUGAUCGAACAAAUGCGUGGCAAUUUAAACACUAAUUUAGAUAAGUGUGGUAAUAAUUGUGUGGGCACAUCGGGAAAAAUUGAGCAAUAUAUAAAAGACAACAUGUGUAGGAGUGUUCUUUCUAUCUUGAAUGAAUUUGAUAAUAUUACUUUGAAGGAACUAAAUGAGAUGAAAGAUGAAGUUAUAAGCAUAAAAGGGUCAGUUACAAGUUCCAUUAAUAAAUGCACCAGUCUUCACAAUGACUUGUUGCAAUUACUUGAAAUCGUUCAGAAAAUUGGAGAUAAUAAGGAGCUCUGCCUUAUAGCCAGCAUAAAAUGUAAGCAUAUAAUACAGCAGGCAUUGACUCUGCUUGGAAAGUCAGGCAAGGUGUUUAAGGUCCAGGGGAAGUCUGAGUACAAUGUGAGAAUACCAAGUGAUUCAGUUACAUGUGAUUUCUCAGGCAUAUGUGUUCUUCCAGAUGGACAGGUCCUGGUUGUAGACUGGAGAAAAAAGAAUGUCAAGCUGCUGAACCAUCAGUACCAGGUGGUGAGUCACUUGGAUGUGAAUGCUCGGCCAUUUGACAUUUGUUUGAUCACACCUAGUGAGGUUGCUGUGACUGUGAAUGCUAGCAACAUACAUGAGGUCCGGUUUAUCACUGUCAACCAGGGAAAGCUUGUUCCUGGCAGGAAGUUUCAGUUACAACAUGAAUGUAGAGGUAUUGCCCAUCAACAUGGAGAUCUUUUUGUCACCUCUGAUAAAGAAAUGUUCAAAUACACACUGAAUGGCAAACUGAUCUGCAGACUCUAUGAAGCUUUGGGUUAUAAUACAGUAGACAAGUGUGCUGUGAGUCCCACAGGAGACAGGCUGUACAUCAUCAGCAGGUACCAGAACAAGCUUCUCACCCUGGCCAGGGAUGGCACACUCCUGGCUACAUUCACAGAUCCAGUACUAGAUGGCCUAUUUGGUCUACAUGUGACCCCUGCAGGCCAGGUGCUGGUCUGUGGACACUAUCCCAGCACUGUACUACAGGUGGGCUGGGAGGGAGAGAGUAAGCUGGCUAAUCUUGCUACUCAGAAGGAUGGAGUGUGGUCUCCAAUGUCAGUCUGCUACAGCAGCACCACAUCCUCCAUCAUUGUGGGACUGUUGGUGGACGACACCAUCCUGGUGUUCAGAUGGCUGCUGAGUCAGGACAACAAUGAUGAGGAUGUGGUGGACAAGAAUGACCUGAGUACGCAGAAGGUGAGCAUGAGCAUUGUUAUCGAGUUGACGUGGCAACAGCACCAGUCGGACCCCCAGGAGCCUCAGUCCAGGACAACCCUUCCCCUCCCAUGA